UCCACCUAAAAGAGGCGUUCAAAAGACUCGGCUCGUUCGCGAACGUCACAUUUCUCCACUUCCUGCUUGUUUUGUUGACGUUCGCUUGCUGUCCUGGCAGUUUUUCAUGGUGGAACUAAAAAAAAAAAAUACCCCACCGCCGCUGGAAACUAAACCAAACGAAAUAAAUAAACCUGGGACCGAAUGGAGUCGCGCGGUUCGGACACGGAAGAAGAGGAGCAGCAAACGCCUCUUCUUCAUCGGGGACAUGAAGGAAACGUCCAGAAGGCUCCGGCAUGCUGCUCAACCCGUUACCUUCUGGCCUUGCUAUCCUCCUACGGCUUCUUUGUUGUCUACUCCUUGCGGGUCAACCUGAGCGUGGCCAUGGUGGACAUGCUUAACGCCACCCACCAGCCCCACACCAACCACAGCACCUCCGUGUGCGCCCCUCACCCCAGCCCGCAACGCCCGGGACGCAACCACUCGGCCAGCGUGUACGACUGGGACGUUGAGACGCAAGGCUGGAUUCUGGGUUCGUUUUUCUACGGCUACAUCUUCACGCAAAUCCCCGGAGGUUACCUGGCCAGCCGCUUCGGCCCCAAGUGGCUUCUGGGUUUCGGAAUCCUGGGCACGGUCGUGUUCACGCUGCUCACACCUUUGGCGGCCGACCUGGGCGCCGGUUACCUCAUCGCUGUCAGGGUUCUGGAAGGGAUCGGAGAGGGCGUCACUUUCCCCGCCAUGUACAGCAUGUGGGCAGCGUGGGCGCCACCCCUGGAGAGGAGCCGCCUUCUCAGCAUCUCCUACAUCGGAGCCCAAUUAGGCACGGUGGUGUCCCUCCCGUUGUCUGGUGAAAUCUGCUUCUACUUGGACUGGACCUACGUCUUCUACGUCUUUGGUGCCGUGGGCCUCUUGUGGUUUGUGCUGUGGGCACUUCUGGCCUUCGACAGUCCCAACAGUCACCCGUGGAUCUCUGAGCGAGAGAGACUCUACAUCGUCGGAUCGUUGAAGAACGAGCUGUCCCCCUCAGGAGGACACGUCCCCUGGCGAGGCAUCGUGACGUCGCGCCCGCUCUUGGCCAUCGUGGUGGCCCACUUCUCGUACAACUGGACCUUCUACACGCUCCUCACGCUGCUGCCCACCUACAUGAGCGACGUCCUGGGCUUCAGCAUCCAGCAGAACGGAAUGUUGUCUGCUCUGCCUUACCUGGGCUGCGCCGUGUGCGCCGUGCUCAGCGGCCAGUUGGCAGACUACCUGCGGGAGAAGUGCUCCUACCCCACCGUCACCGUCAGGAAGACCUUCACCAUCAUCGGUAUGAUCGGACCGGGCAUCUUCCUGGUGGCGGCGGGCUACACGGGCUGCAACUACACCCUGGCCAUCGCCUUCCUCACCAUCUCCUCCUCGCUGGGCGGCGUGUCGUCGUCGGGCUUCAACAUCAACCACCUGGACAUCGCUCCCUCGUACUCGGGCAUCCUGCUGGGCAUCACCAACUCCUUCGCCACCAUCCCCGGCAUGGUGGGACCGCUCAUCGCCAGAAGCCUCACUGCAAACAACACCAUAGAAGAAUGGCAGACGGUCUUCUUCAUCGCCGGCGCCAUCAACGUGUUUGGAGCCACCUUCUACACGCUCUUUGGACAAGGGCGAGUGCAGCCUUGGGCCUUGCAGGCGCCCCACAGCAAGUCAGUCUUGAACCAGUCUUGAGCCAGUCUUGAGCCAGUCUACAUGGAAGCUGCUGCAGCUGACAACAACACUUUAAUGUCUGCUCCUUUCACCACACCUGCUGCGUGUCCAGUGUGGAAAAGCUCUCUCCUCACACGGAAAAGUACACAAAUAAAUCAACUAUCACCACAACAUCUAGACUCUACACUCCUGACUUUUGGUCCACACUCUGGACCAAAAGUCAGGAUUAUACGGGAAAAAAACAGUAGUACUGUUUUUCACAACUGAGCUGCUAGCUUUUUACUGGUUUUUGUAAACGCUGCUCUAGCAUCUCUAAUGUUGGGCUAGCAGGGAGAAAUUAGGAUUAUUUUCAGGCUAAAAUGAAAAAAGGCAUGAAAUACUGAGCAGAAGAGACACAAGUGAGUACAAUAGUAAAAAACAUGUUUGUGUUUCCUUCUCACCCCAAAUAUUUGAAAGUAAUUAUUAGAGAUGUCCGAUAAUGGCUUUUUUGCCGAUAUUGUCCAACUCUUAAUUACCGAUUCCGAUAUCAACCGAUACCGAUACACACAGUCGUGGAAUUAACUUAUUAUUAUGCCUCAUUUUGUUGUGAUGCCCAAAACAAUGUAACAAGGUUUUCCAAAAUAAAUCAACUCAAGUUAGGGGGAAAAAAAUGCCAACAUGGCACUGCCAUAUUUAUUAUUGAAGUCACAAAGUGCAUUACUUUUUUUUUUAACAUGCCUCAAAACAGCAGCUUGGAAUUUGAAGUGAAGUGAAUUAUAUUUAUAUAGCGCUUUUACAUAGUGAAACCCAAUAUCUAAGUUGCAUUUAAAGCAGUGUGGGUGGCACUGGGAGCAGGUGGGUAAAGUGUCUUGCCCAAGGACACAACGGCAGUGAGUCGGGAGACGGAAGCGGGGAUCGAACCUGGAACCCUCAAGUUGCUCGCACGGCCGCUCUACCAACCGAGCAACACCGCCCCAGUUUAGGCCUUCCUUUAAAACAGCAGCUUGGAAUUUGGGACAUGCUCUACGUGAGAGAGCAUGAGAAGAUUGAGGUUGGGGGGUAGGGAUAGCGGGGGGUGUAUAUUGUAGCGUCCCGGAAGAGUUAGUGCUGCAAGGGGUUCUGGGUAUUUGUUCUGUUGUGUUACAGUGCAGAUGUUCUCCCGAAAUGUGUUUGUCAUUCUUGUUUGGUGUGGGUUCACAGUGUGGCGCAUAUUUGUAACAGUGUUAAAGUUGUUUAUACGGACACCCUCAGUGUGACCUGUAUGGCUGUUGACCAAGUAUGCUUUGCAUUCACUUGUGUGUGUGAAAAGUCGUAGAUAUUAUGUAAUUGGACCGGCAUGCAAAGGCAGUGCCUUUAAGGUUUAUUGGCGCUCUGUACUUCUCCCUACGUCCGUGUACACAGCGGCGUUUUAAAAAGUCCUAAAUUUUACUUUUUGAAACCGAUACCGAUAAUUUCCGAUAUUACAUUUUAAAGCAUUUAUCGGCCGAUAAUAUCGGCAGUCAGAUAUUAUCGGACAUCUCUAGUAAUUAUGGUAUUCGAGGAAUAGGAUAUAAUUAUUAUUUCAAAACAGUGCAAAAUGAAAUGAUUUAGUGUACAUGCACUAAUAAACAACUCAACAGGCCAUCAUAACCAUCAUGUAAUUAAAUAUAUGCCAGAAUGUUCUAUUAUCUUUGAGAAUGGGCGGGGGAAAGUUUACGUUUCCUCAUAUUUCAGGGCAAUUAAAGAAUAUUUUUAAUCAAGGGAAGUUGAAAUAAAUCAAUGUCAUGUUUUCAUUUUCUUGUGUUAUGACGACCAAAAGCUUUUUAAAAUGAUCUUUGUGUACUUAGUUGAAUGCUACAUUGUGGGGGGGAAUAAAUAAAAGGUCAGAUUUUACAGUAAAAAAUAUAUUUUUUAAAUGGCUGCCCGAAUGCAGCAGAGUUAGGCUCCAGCACCCCCCCGCGACCCUGAAAGGGACAAGCGGUAGAAAAUGAACGGGGCAGCCCAGUCACCAGAAUUUUACUGUAAAAAUAAGUGGUAAUGUUUUUCAAUUUACAGUAUUGCGCGGUAAAAACCUAACUUUUACGAUAAAAACUGUAGCAACGGAGAUAGCAGGUUUUUAACUGUAAAACAUGUCAAUUUUAGUUUUGUACAAAGUAUUGCAACUUUCAGUAAACGUUUACAGUUUGUCCAUGAAGAGCAGGGGCGCCGCUAGGGAUUUUGGGCCCCAUUAAAAGAAUCUUUACAGGGCUCCCAACACGUGUCAUUAUUUUUUCUGUAUUAUAAUUUCAUCAUCAUUAGAGGCCUCUCUGGGCCCCCCUCCAUCAUGGGCCCCUAGAAUCCGUCUCCUUUACCCCCCCCUUUUCGGCACCCCUGAUGAAGAGUAAUCACUGGAAGAACAACUAACUGACGUGGACGUGUCGGUAAAAACUGGCAGUUCAGUCAGCACCAAAAUUCCAUUGGUGACCUUUUUCAAUUUACAGUAAGUCAAUGUAAAUUUCACCCUAAAAUUCUGGUAACUGAGCUGCCGUUUUUAAAAAAAAAUCAAAAAUGUUUUUAACAGUAUACAUUGACACUUUCAGCGAUUCUUUAAUUCUCAGGUGUGGUUUGUAAACCAAGUAGCUUUUUACGUGAAAGAGAGGUCACAUCCGGUUUGCACUUGUGCCUUAUUUACACUACAAAACUUGAACCUACAUGAAGGGACUUGUGUGUUUUUUUACUGUCCUGAUGUACACAAAGUGGCAUUACUUGGAAAACAGUUCAUGUCAAAAAUGUCUUCAAUCAUUUGAUGUCUGUCAUGCAAUCGUCAUCAGAGCUUGUUAGUGAGAGUUAUACUUCCAUGCAAACUACAACAUGACAUGUAAAUAAGGAGUCAUUUGAGUCCCAUAGAUAGUUUAUUAUUGGCCCUCGAUAUAUGAAAUGAUUAUUAAUCAGUAGUGAGCAUUGUCACCAUGACAUAGAUUGAGUGUUUGAGCAUUUAUUGACUGACAUGAUCUCAUCUUUAACGCACAAAAUGUAUCAAUAGUUGGAAUCUUUCUGCACUUUUUUUUUU